GUUUCGAAGUCUUCGGAGCGCACAGAAAAAACAGUUUCGAGUUGAAUCAAGAAUAUUUUGAAUAUUUUGCAGUUUUCGUUUGAUUGGCACCCAAAGUAGAAAUGUCCGAGAAAAUAGAAAUUACUCCCAUUACCGGAAUGUAUGAAGUGUCCCAAAAAUCUGAGGAGAAAGUCAUUGCUCCAAUGUUUAAAGCAGAAAUGUCCGAGAAUAUGGAAAAUACUCCUGUUCCCGGAAUGUAUGAAGUGUCCCAAAAAUAUCAGGAGAAUGCAAUUGCGGGAAUGUUCAAAGCAGAAAUGUCCGAGGAUAUGGAAAAUACUCCUGUUCCCGGAAUGUAUGAAGUGUCCCAAAAAUAUCAGGAGAAUGCAAUUGAGCCAAUGUUCAAAGCAGAAAUGUCCGAGAAUAUGGAAAAUACUCCUGUUCCCGGAAUGUAUGAAGUGUCCCAAAAAUAUCAGGAGAAUGCAAUUGCGCCAAUGUUCAAAGCAGAUAUGUCCGAGAAUAUGGAAAAUACUCCUGUUCCCGGAAUGUAUGAAGUGUUCGAAAAAUAUGAGGAGAAUGCAAUUGCGCCAAUGUUCAAAGCAGAAAUGUCCGAGAAUAUGGAAAAUACUUCUGUUCCCGGAAUGUAUGAAGUGUCCCAAAAAUAUCAGGAGAAUGCAAUUGCGACAAUGAUCAAAGCAGAAAUGUGCGAAGAAAUGCAAAAUACUCCUGUUCCCGGAAUGUAUGAAGUGUUCGAAAAAUAUGAGGAGAAUGCAAUUGCGACAAUGUUCAAAGCAGAAAUGUCCGGGAAUAUGGAAUAUACUCCUGUUCCCGGAAUGUAUGAAGUGUUCGAAAAAUAUGAGGAGAAUGCAAUUGCGCCAAUGAUCAAAGCAGAAAUGUCCGAGAAUAUGGAAAAUACUCCUGUUCCCGGAAUGUAUGAAGUGUUCGAAAAAUAUGAGGAGAAUGCAAUUGCGACAAUGUUCAAAGCAGAAAUGUGCGAAGAAAUGCAAAAUACUCCUGUUCCCGGAAUGUAUGAAGUGUCCCAAAAAUAUCAGGAGAAUGCAAUUGCGCCAAUGUUCAAAGCAGAAAUGUCCGAGAAUAUGGAAAAUACUCCUGUUCCCGGAAUGUAUGAAUUGUCCCAAAAAUAUCAGGAGAAUGCAAUUGCGACAAUGUUCAAAGCAGAAAUGUGCGAAGAAAUGCAAAAUACUCCUGUUCCCGGAAUGGAUGCAGUGUUCGAAAAAUAUGAGGAGAAUGCAUUUGCGCCAAUGUUCAAAGCAGAAAUGUUCGAGAUAAUGGAAAAUACUCCUGUUCCCGGAAUGUAUGAAAUGUCCCAAAAAUAUCAGGAGAAUGCAAUUGCGCCAAUGUUCAAAGCAGAAAUGUCCGAGAAUAUGGAAAAUACUCCUGUUCCCGGAAUGUAUCAAAUGUCCCAAAAAUAUCAGGAGAAUGCAAUUGCGCCAAUGUUUAAACUAGAAAUGUCCGAGAAUAUGGAAAAUACUCCUGUUCCCGGAAUGUAUGCAGUGUUCGAAAAAUAUCAGGAGAAUACAAUUGCGCCAAUGUUCAAAGCAGAAAUGUCAGAGAAUAUGGAAAAUACUCCUGUUCCCGGAAUGUAUGCAGUGUCCCAAAAAUAUCAGGAGAAUGCAAUUGCGCCAAUGUUCAAAGCAGAAAUGUCCGAGAAUAUGGAAAAUACUUCUGUUCCCGGAAUGUAUGAAGUGUCCCAAAAAUAUCAGGAGAAUGCAAUUGCGCCAAUGUUCAAAGCAGAAAUGUCCGAGAAUAUGGAAAAUACUCCUGUUCCCAGAAUGGAUGCAGUGUUCGAAAACUAUCAAGAGAAAGCCAUUUUGCCAUUGUUCAAGGCAAUAAUGUCCGAGGAUAUGGAAUUUACUCCCUUAACCGGAAUGUAUGAAGUGUCCCAAAAAUCUGAGGAGAAAGUCAUUUCUCCAAUGUUCAAAGCAGAAAUGUCCGAGAAUAUGGAAAAUACUCCUGUUACCGGAAUGGAUGCAGUGUCCGAAAAAUAUGAGAAGAAUGCCUUUGCGCCAAUGUCUGAAAUAUGCGCAAAAGAUUACACAGUAUCUCCAAUGGAUGGAAUAGCUCAGGAAGAGAACACUUUUGUCUCCAUCCCAGAUGGAAUAACCCGACUCAAGGACAUUUUUGAUACACAGACAAUCUAUGUCCAGGGAAAUGAAACUGUUGCUCCCAUAAAUGAAAUGUCCCAGAUGAUAAACACUGUAUCACCGUUGGUCGAAAUAUCACAAAACGAACAAAAUAUCAACGGAAGGACUGAGAAUGGAAAUCCAAAAAUACUCAUGGAUACGAGCACUAUUUCCAUGAACGAUACUCCGACUGUGAAUCCAGUUGGGACCACUAAUGUCGUGGAGAUGGUGGAGCAACCAAACACAAUCAUUGAGCUGGUGGAUUACUAUGUGCCACCAGCGUCCUUGAACAACAACAACAACACAAUUCGACCGUUUUUCCCCAUCACAGUGCCCAUGCACCCUGAAUCCUUGCCGGAACCCACCCCCAAGCCGCCGACAAAGGGUAAGCGUGGCCGGAAGCCAGGUCCCAAACCUAAACCACGCGCAACCAAGCGUCGUCGUCCGCCGACGCCUCCUCCACUGCCGCCGGUACCGAACUUCUUGGCAGACGUCAUCAAUCCGCUGGAGAAUGAAAUAUAUCCCAAGGUCAUUGUCCAGCCGGCCCAUCUGCCCUGGGUGCUGCCCAGCCAUUGCAAUGAUGGGGUUCCUAAGCCGCCCCCUUCCAAAGUGGCAGUCAAGGAGGUGCCGAAUACCAACACCACUUCGAGGCGCGUGUUGAUCAGCGCCCAUUUGCGCGAGAAACUUCAGCUCUUUGGUCCGGAUGUGAUCAUCUCGGUGAUCGACAACGCGGUAUCCCCGUACUUCAAGGCGGUGAAGAAGGAACCCGAUGGCAGCCAGCAUCAAAUAUUCUUCACCGCCCCACAGCUGCUCUCCUUCACAGCCGCCCACUUUGGCAAUUGGUCGCAGAUGGUGCCCACCCAGAUGCUGAUGAUGAAGCCUACGCCUGCCAUGCUGUCCCAUUACUUUCCUGGACCCAUUGGACAAGCUCUGGUCAAGAAAUGGCUUACCGAUCAGCAGCCUCUCAAUCAGCAGCCAUCGUUGCCCUUCAAGAUGCCCAUCGGAAAGCCACCGCAGGCCACCAAAGCUUUUCCAAGGCCCAAUGCAACAUAUUUACAUCCUGGCAAGCCCCAAGUAUCCAAGCAUUUUGCAGCUCCAGCUCCCCCUGCAGUGCCUGCUCCUCGUCCAGCUGAUACUUUUGCUCCACCACCAGUUGAUCCUCCUGCUGCAUAUUCAGCUGAUGAUCCGGCUCCGGAAUCCAUUCCAGGUCCGGCUCCAGAAUCCACUCCAGAUCCGGCUUCCACUCCACAUCCGGAACAUACACCAGAUCCGCCUCAUACUGCAACGCUGGUUCCCACUCCAGCUCCGCCAGUUGACCCUACUCCAGCACCUCCUGCGGCCUGUAACCCUACGGAUCCAUUUGAUGAGAGCAUGUUCCCACCAAUCAUUCUGCCCGCUAUCCUCAAGCGCUCAUCCCAGGAGAGGCUGCGCAAAUCUAUAAUGGCCAAGAGGAUCAAGGCCAUGAAGGAGGCUCAGGAGGCUGCAGCUUCGGCUGCUGCAGAAAAGGCCAAGCGGAGUCUGAACAAAGAAAUGCCGGAGGAAGAGUUUUGACUCGAACAAUUCAAUAAUUGGGAAAACACAAACCCACCAAAUAUAAUGUAGAACAUCUUGGAAACAAAACACACCUCCAGUCCAGUCCGAACAAAGACAUCAGGAGGACGAGUCAAAGAAUAUGAAUAACUCGUAUAAUCCAACCCAAGAAAAGAACACAUAAUAGCACAUGCGAAAACAUUAAGAAAUUAACCAAAUGUGAUUCAAAAUUAAAUCUGAUCAAAGAUAAGCGGAAGGACAAGUCGAAGGAUAAGAAGGAUUCGGACAACUCAAUGCAAGAAAUGAAAAUGUAGAACAUAUCAAGAAGCCCAUGUUAACACAUAAACAAUUUAACCAAAUGUGAUUUAAAAUUCCAAGUAAAAAUUGAACUUAGAAAAGCAGAAGGACGAGUCGAAGGAUAAGGAAAAUAAUAUGACCAUGUGUAUUUGGAACUGCAAAUACAGAAAAGCAAACGUUGAAACACAAAGAAAUUAUCCAAAUGUGAUUCAAAAGGGCGUUCCGUAUAACAAUUUGGCAUUCCAUUGGCGUCAUCAAACAAAAUUUGUCAUGCUAAUUGGCUUUUAUAGAGCCGCCAAAUAAAACGCUUUGCUUUCG